GGCGUGACCCCGCGUGUCGGCCUCGCAUCGACGCGUCACUCGUGGCCGGGCUCAGGGCGUCCUCCUGCAACAAAGAGCAAUAAAGAGCACUUCGCUCGCCCGUGAACGCUGUGUCUUAUGCCUUCAAUGUUAGUUUGUUAGAGAAGAGAAACUUAACCAUUGUGCUUUUAUUACAUGACUCUUUAAACCCGUUCUCGUCCCUCCCGAAAUUACUAUGGAAAUUCACGAGGCGAAGGCUGACUUCUCGGAGGAUAUUGUGCUCGCGUACUUGAAGCAAUGCUCGGAGGCCGUCGGGAACCUGACGAGUGACCUGACAGUCGGCGACGGCGAGAGGUUCUGCAGCAGUGACGACGAGGAUGCCGAGGCCGCGAAAGGCUCCUCGAGAACUGAAGAGCCAGAGGUGUUCAGCGUGAGAGUCAAAGAUCGCGCCAAGUCCAUUGACAGCGGUGUUUGUGUUGAUCCGAGGAAAGAAAACGAGUUGCGCAAAGUCGAACAGACAGAAAACGGAGAGAGGAGGUGUAGGAGGAACCAUAGCAAAUCGAGGGAGAGUGAAAGCAGCUCCCAGGAAGACGGUGCUUUCUCCAGCCUGGGUGCUUGCAAGUGCCCCGACUUUGAAGACAGUGAUGAGGAUUGGGAAAAGCCAAAGUCUCUUGUGAUGAGCUUCAAAAAGGGAGAUUUAUUUGCCGUGUUAUUGCCAGACGAUGCCACCUGGUGGGGAGUUAUGUCACUACGCUCGACGGCGGUGGGUUACGUGCCUAGAUCCUAUCUUAAGUUUAUCGACGUCCGGCACUUAUGGCUCACGACGGAGGGUCAGAAGGUAAGCACAAAGGGUUCGAUCCUUUUUAAUUAAUGGAAUGGAGGAUUCGUAUGCAAACUCUCUUU